AUGGGUAUGAAGAAGUGCAUCGUAUUGAUGAUGAUGGUGGCGAUAGUAAUGACGGCCAUGGAAGACAAAGUAGAAGGACUUUCAUGCAUGGAUAUAUGCAUGUUCAAAUGCGGACUCAUUCUAUUACCUGAACAUGACUGUCUAAAGCGAUGUAAACGUGAAUGCCAUAUACAAUCUAGGUUUUCAUCUCAAUCAUUGCAGUAA